CUAUACACAAAAUUUCCUGAUACAAAUAUGUAAUGAAUCCAUUUUUGUGUGGUAAAAUCUGAUUUAAAGUAAACUAGUUGUACCACAGUUUCUCCUUUUACUUUUCGUUUUUAUCCUUUUUGGAAAGACUUUAAUUUAUCACUUCCUCUUAAUUUGAGCCAAGUUACUUAUUUAAUAAUCCCUUCUCAAAAGUCUCAACUGGAAGAAUUAGUCCUGUGAAAUCCUUCCUAAUAAACCCAAUAAACUACCAUGGACCCUGCUUCAGUCUACUCCGUCAAUGUCACUGAUUUCCGGAGUAAUUCCGGCAUGUCCAUUGAGCUACUGAUGAAAAUCUCUAUGUGGUUAAUGCCCCUUGGGGUUUUCCUCUUAGCUGCUGCAACUGGGCCCAUCUGGAUACUUUGCGUCAAGAAGAAAUUUGAGAAGAAGAUGAUGAUGACGACUAGUCCGAUCAAUAAAGUUUCCGACGCAAAGUUUCGUUCUUGGGAGGCGAUUGAACCGAACUAUACUGAUGAUUACCAAUACUCGUUGGAAUUGCAAAUUCAGGAAGUUAUGCUGGCCUCUCUUUCCUCUCAAGUGACAAGUACUGCAUCUUCAUCUACACAAGCAAGAACAACAUUCAACGCGGAUAAGGGUAAGGUGAAGAUUGAGGAUGAUGUAACCAGUCCAUUACAAAUCUCUUGUGAAAUAUGCAUGGACGAUAAAGAAGUUUGGGAGAUGUUUGAAAAUGAUUGUUGCCGUCAUUCAUUUUGCAAUGAAUGCAUAAGCCAGCACAUAGCUGCAAAGAUACAAGACAAUUCAGAUACGAUUUGUUGUCCUGGAGCAGAUUGCAGGGCUGCAUUAGAUUCUAGCACUUGUAGGUUUAUAAUCCCCACUGACGUGCUCGCUAAGUGGGAUGAGUUCCUGUGCCGGUCGCUGAUCCCCAACUCCCAAAAACUGUAUUGCCCUUUCCGCGACUGCUCAGCCAUGUUGGUUGAUGAUUCUGGGGACGUCAUAAGAGAGACAAUGUGUCCAUUUUGCCAUAGAUCGUUUUGUGCUGUAUGUCGGGUGCCAUGGCAUGUUGAAUUCACGUGCAAGGAGUUCCAGAAGCUGAAUGAUAAAAAAGGAGGAAAAGAUGAAAAGAUGCUGAAGUUUCUAGCUAAGAAGAAAAGCUGGCAGAAAUGUCCUAGCUGCAAAAUACAUGUAGAAAGAACUGAAGGCUGUUUGCAUAUGACUUGCCGGUGCAAGUAUGAAUUCUGCUACAGAUGUGGAUCAAAAUGGAGCAGUUCUCAUCGCUGCAAAAAAUCAUAGGCUGCCAUAAAAAUGCUGAAGAAGGAUCUUCAGUUGUUCUUGUAAAAUAUGGUGCUGCUAUUUUACUUAGAAAUGAUAGAUGUAUCUGCUUAGUUGCCCGAAACUUACUCCAAAGUUUAAACCCCAUAUUUCAGUAUUUCACAAUGCAAUGUGGAAGAUAAGACUGUAUAGAGCUAAGUAGCUAGCUGAUGGAAAUUACUCCAUCUAUCCCAAAAUUAUUAUCCACUUUAGAUUUUCAAAGAGGAUGAGUCAAGACUAAACAAUACAGAACUAUCAUACACCAGUUGCCUUCUGCAGAACCAUCUCAACUUGACUCAUUUUUCGCUUUUUCAUCACUUUUCAUUUAUUCUCUCUGCCCCGAAAUUAUUAUCUAGU